AUGGGCCGCGGCGGCCGCCUCUCCUUGGUCUCUGUGCUGCACACUGGAGCAGCAGCAGCAGCAGCUGCUGCUGCUGCUGCUGCUGUUGCUGCAGCUGUUGCAGCUGCUGCAACAACCGCGGCAGUACCCGCUGCAGCAGCUGCAGCAGCUUGCUGUCAGCACAGCGCAGCGGUAGACUUGCUGCUGGGGCAUCUGCUGCUGCUGCAGCAGAACUGCCGCAGGGUAGCGCUGCUCCUCUUACCAGACCAGCAGCAGCAGCUAUAUCUGCUGCUGCAGCAGCAAGGUCUGCAGCAGCAGCAGCAGCUGCUGCUGCUGCUUCUGCAUCCCCUGCAUCGACGCCGGCCCCACACGCGUUAUUUCCUCAUACAAUUUUCAGUACUCACGCACGGCGAUAUUCCGUUGCAGCAGCAGCAGCAGCAGCAGCAGAAGCGGCAGCAGCAGCAGAAGAAGAAACAGAAGCAGCAGCAGCAGCAGCAAGGAAAGCUGCUGCUGCUGCUUCUGCCAAUGGUUCUGCUGCUCAAUUGUUUAGAGGCUUUUGCUGCGCCGCCAGAAGCAGAUGAAGCAGCAGCAUUUGUCGUCGCGACUGCAGCAGAAGCAGCAGCAGCAGCAGCAGCAGCAGGAACAGGAACACCAGCAGCAGCAGCAGCAGCAGCAGCAGCCCCAAAUGCAGCAACAGCAGCAGCAGCUCAAGGGGACGAAAGCGAAGACACAGCAGAGAGAAUACGAAAGGCUUACCUCAGGGGAGACUGGCGUUGCCUCGCUGCUGCUGCAGAAGAGUCUUUGGUGCUGCUUCAGCAGCAGCAGCAACAGCAGCAGCAGCAGCAGCAGCAGCAGCAGCAGCAGCAAUAUGCCCAGCAUUUCGCCUCAAGUUUGUCUUCUGUCUCGUUUGUCUUGUUUUCUUAUCUGGCUGAGGAGCCCUUGGGGGGCAGCACAGCAGCAGCUUUAUCUCAUUUGUUUGUCUCCUCAUUCAGGCAGCGCCUCCUCCCCCCAGCUCCUCUUCCUGCUGCUGCUGCUGCUGCUGCUGCUGCUGCUGCUGCGUCUCCCCCAGAGAACUGUGUCGUGUUGCUGCGCCGUCUGCUGCAGUGUCAUACCCUGUCCCCUGCCGUGCACGCAGCAGCAGCAACAGCAGCAGCAGCAGCAGCAACAGCAACAAGGGAAAGUGGUUUAUCUUCUCCUGCCCCUGUACACCUAGAGACUCUGCCUGGAUCCAUAGAAGCUGCAGAUACACCCCAAGCCGUGGGGCUCGCCGCAGCAAUUACAGCAGCAAUCGACAGAGUCACUGUGGCGCUCAGAAACAGCAGCAGCAGCAGCAGCAAUAGCAGCAGCAGCAGCAGCAGCAGCAGCAGCAGAGAAGUGUUGCCCAUUGAUAGCAUGUUCCGCCUAACGGAGGCCUUAAUGUUGAGAGACAUAUCCUUCUCUGUGCAGCUAAACUCGCUUGCUAUGCAGCAGCAGCAGCAGCAGCAGCAGCAAGAGCAGCAGCAGCAGCAAGACCAGCAACAGCAGUACGUGCAGCAGGUCUACACAUCUUAUAGGCAAGAGUUGGACUCGCUGCUGCUGCUGCUGCUGAACGCGGUGCUUCAGCAGCAGCACCAAUGGGGUGUACGUACACCCCAGGAGAUGCUGCUUUUCUUCCUCGCGCUGCUGCGGCUCUUCGGGGUGGGUAACCCAGAGAGGCUGGCCCUUGCUGCUGCACUGAGCAGCCAGCAGCAGCAACAGCAGCAGCAGGAGCAGGAGCAGCAGCAGCAGCAGCAAAUGUGGCAGCUACAGAAGCAAGAACCCCUGGGGGAGACAGUUUAUGAGGGCCUGAAGCAGCAGCGAGAGCAGCAGCAGCAGCAGCAGCAGAGCAGCAGCAGCAGCAGCAGCAGCAACUUAACGGAAGCUGCUCUGCGGCUGCGUGCUCUCUCACUGCUAUGCAGCAGCAGCAAGACGUGUGGCCUCGUGCCUUCUGCUGCUGCCCCUUAUGGUGUUGCAGCAGCAGCUGCUGCUGCUGCUUCUGCUGCAACUUCAUUUGGGGUGGAUACGGAGCAGUGGGGGCAGGAGCUGCUGCUGCAGUGGCAGCUUGCUGCAGCAGCAGACUUCACGCCUUUGCCUGCUGCUGUGCUGCAGCAGCAGCAGCAGGCCGACACUUAUGUGUAUCUCAAGCAGCAGCACCAACGCAGUGCUCAGCAGCAAGCGAAGGUGGCAGCUUCGCUGCUGGACCGUGCUGCUGCUGCUGCUGCUGAUGAGUCUUCUGCUGCUGCUGCUGCAGCGGCAGCAGGAGGGCCAUCAACAGCAGCAGCUGCACAGUCUGCUGCAGCAGCAACAACAGCAACAGCAGGAACAUCUGCUGCUGCAGCAAGCUCUGUACUGCCGCUGCUAGAAGCAGCAACAGAGUCUGUCUUUCACUGCUCUUCUUCUGUCUCUGCUGCUGCGUUGCUGCUGCUGCGGAGCUUCAUAGGGCUGAACAGCCUGCAGCAGCAGCUCGGUGCGCCUCUCACGAUUCAGCAGCAGCACACAGAAGCGUGGGAGUUGCUGCUCACCUGCAGCAGCGAUGAGCUUCUGCAGCUGCAGCAGGCAGCAAAAGGGAAAGCAGCAGCAACAGCAGCAGCAGCAGCAGCAGCAGCAACAUCGGCGUUUCGAGCUGCUGCUCUCAUGCACCUGUACAGAAGCCUGCAGCGGCAGCGUCUUGGCUUGCAGCAGCAGCUGCUGCUGCAGCAGCAGCAACAAGAGCAACUGAAUCACGACCAGCAGCAGCAACAGCAGCACCAGCAGCAGCAGCAGCAGCAGCAGCAGCAGCAGCAGCAGGUGAAACAUCUUUUGCGGCGGCUGCGACAGUCUAUGGACUCUGUGCGUCUGCAGCAGCUGUCUCUGUUAGACUUGCUGCUGAAGCAGCAGCAAAAGGAGAGGCCGAUGAAGGAGACAGCAGCAGUUCUCGUGAUGCUAGCAGGGGCUUCUUUGCUGCGGCCGAGUCAUCUGGCCAUCUUAACCCCUUCUCUUCUCGAAGGCCUCCAUGCGAGUCUGCAGCAGCAGCAGCAGCAGCAGCAGCAGAGUUCGCAAGUGCUGCAGCCGUUGCAGCAGAUGCAGCAGCUGCAGCAGCUGCAGCAGCUGCAGCAGACCCUGCGGGAGCAGCUGCUGCAGCGAGGAGCCUUGCUGCUGCCGUGCUUCCCUCCAGAGGAGCUGCUGCUGUUUAUUGCUUCUGUAGGCAGCGGGCAGGACGAGCUGCUGCAGCAAGCCUUCGGGUGUAUGUACACCGCAGUGCCCUUCUAUACACCUCAACAGCUGGCAACAGCCUUUGUGCUGCUCAGCGAGAGCGGAGUGAAGGAGCCGUCGUUGCAUCUGCGGCUGCUGCUGCAGCUUUUAGCUUUUGUCUCUUUGCUGCCAGCAAAAGCAGCAGCAACAGCAGCAGGUGCAGCAGCAAGUGCAGCAGCAGCAGAUGUGGAUACCAGGCAAGCCGAGCUACAGCGCCAGUGGGAGCUGCGGCUAGUAGACGCUCUCUUCUCUCGUGUUACGGAUUGCCUCUUACCCACAGUGAGGGGACUAGGCGCAGCAACAGCAACAGCAGCAGCAGCAGCAGCAGCAGCAGCACCAUUGGCAGCAGCAGCAUCUACUAUUGCUGCACGGCUUUUGUGCUGCUCCUUCGCGCUGCCAGGCAGCCAUGAGCAGCAGCAGACACUCAAAAGUGUUCUGAUGCAGCAGCUGCAGCGCCCGCAAACAAAGCUGCAGCGAAGAAAGCAGCUGCAGCAGCAGCUGCAGCAGCAGCAGCAGCAACAGCAGCAGCAGCAGAACAACCCAGCAACCGCAGCAGCACCUCUGCCUCGUCGGCGAACGAUACGCUUAUUAGGGUUGCUGGAGCCGAAGCUGCUGCUGCAGUUGCUGUUGCUGCAGCUGAAACAGCAACAGCAGCAGCAGCAGCAGCAGCAAGAGGAGCAGCAGCAGCAGCAGCAGCACCCAGCUAUGGACUUUGUUUUUUUCGGGGCUGCAUGCGGAGCCCUAAGAAGGCACUUGCAGGAGCUGAGCACUGAGGAGCUGCUGCACCUUCUUGUGGGGCUGCAUGCGGUAGGAGUAUCACCGCCAAGCGAAAAGGAGACAGUGAAAGCUCGCCAUUCCCCCCAGGGUGCAGCAAAGGGCUUUGCCCCGCGUCGGUUCUGCUGGAAGCUGGGGGGCCUCCUGAAGGAGGAAAUAGAAAGCUUUAAUGUUUGCAUGCAUCUCUUGGCUGCGCAUGCAAUGGCCCUCGUGAGUGCUGCAUGCGCAAGUCCCUUUGCUGCUGCUGCUGCUGCUGCUGCUGCUGCUGCUGCUGCUGCAGGGUGGGUGCAACAGCAACAGCUGCAGCAGCAGCAGCAGCAGCGGCGAUAG